AUGGAAGCGGAAAAGAAAGAGGGGUUGGCCCGGCUGGGCAUUAUCCAGGUCCUGGUAUCUGGCGGCGACGACGACGACAACAACGACAAUGCCGCCGAUAAUAAUGAAAAAGGAGACGAACAUUUGACCAAGGCGGUAGAUUUGACCAAAUUACCCUUUACACGCGCUCUGCUGAUGGCGACGCUGUACGUGGCAUUAUACUUGCCCACGCUCAACCAAACCGUCGUCUCCAAUGCGCUGCCAAAGAUUUUGUCGGAUAUCAACAAGUUUGGCUCCGAUAUUGGCUACACGUGGGUCGGCUCGGCGUAUGCGCUGGCCCAGGCCAUGGCGCUGCCGCUGUUUGGGCAACUGGGUCGCACGCCCAGUCGCAAAUGGGCUCUCCUCGUGGCCAUGGUUGUCUUUAUGAUUGGAAGCAUCCUCUGCGGCACGGCCGUCAACAUUGAGAUGUUGCUCGCCGCCCGGACCGUGCAAGGCCUCGGGGCCGGAGGCAUCAGCGGGGUCUUGUUUGUCCUGCUCGGAGACAUGAUUCGCGUUAGGGGCGCUGGAAAGUAUAAUGAACUUUACGGAGCUGUCUGCGCAGUUGUCACUGCGAUAGGUCCUCUCAUUGGAGGUACGCUUGCUGAUAGAGCGAGCUGGCGUUGGUGCUUCUUUUUAAAUCUGCCAGUCUGUGUAGUUUGCACAGCGGUAAUAUGGCUCCUGCUGCCAAACACUGACACAACGGCCACCGUUAGCCGUGCUGUAAGACUGUUUGACUUGUGGGGAGUCACCGCGAUUGGUAUCGGCAAAGUCUUGAUCACGCUGGCCAUUCAGUGGGCCAUCUCCAACAGCUCUUGGCAGUCGCCUCAGGUGCUGACGACGCUGCUCGCCGGCGCUGCCGCCGUGAUUGCCUUCUUUCCCGCGGAAGCGACAGCAGAAUCUCCAGUCGUGCCGCUGCGCUUCUUCAAGCAUCGGACCCGCGUCGGCGCCUACAUUGCCGUCUUCUUUCACUCUGUUUCGUUCUCCGGACUAAACUACUGGCUGCCAAUGUACUUUCAGGCCGUACGCCAGCAGAAGUCAUCCGAGAGCGGUCUCAGUAUGCUACCAUGGACGCUAUCUUUUGCAAUCAUGAGCGCCGCCACUGGCAUCGUGGUCGUGAAGAGUAGAAGAUAUCAAGUCUUUAUCUGGUCUGGGUUUCUCAUCGCGACCAUCGCGUUUGCGUGUCUCACGCUGCUCUUUCCAACUACGUCAACAGCCGUAACAUCGGUGAUGCUUGUUAUCGGCGGACUUGGUGUCGGGCCAAACUUCAACGCACCUUUAUUCCCGAUCCAUGCAUCCUUUGAUACGAGCGACAGCGACUACGUAUCCAUCUUGUCCCACUCGACGUCGGCAUAUGCCUUUAUGAGGUCGCUGGGAUCCAGUAUUGGUAUUACAGCCAGUGGCCUGGUCUUUUUUGAGGACUUGUCAAAGCACCAACUGCCUAGCCUGUCCGUCUUCAACUUGACGCAGGCCAUCGAGUACUCGGACCUGCUCACCGAGAUGGAGGAGCAGGCCAAUGUCGAGGUUCUGCAGACGGCCAUGCAGCACGUCUUUAUCCAGGUUUGCAUCACCAUGUGUUGCGGUCUCUUGCUCAGUCUCCUCAUCCGGCGGCAUCAGUUCAAUAAUGACGAGCAGGAAGAAGAUGAGGAUGAGGUAAUACCGCGGGGCGUUCCGCGCGUGGAUUCAUUUGGCACGGAAGACGGCUGA